AAAAGUUUUUUACUUUUAUUAUUCCUCGUCCCUUUUAUUAGUAAAGUAUCGUUACUGUGUAAAUAUCUCUGCACUUAUGGCUGCAGAGUUGAUCUAGCUAUAUUUGAUGAUCAUUGAGGAGUUAAGAAGAAGAAGGAGUCUACAGUUGGGCGAACACAGACAAAAUGGGCAAGACAAUUCAUAUUUAUGGAUUUCCUUCUUAUGUGACAGCGGAACUGAUCAAGGACUUCUUAGAGAAUUACACCGGCAAGGGAACUGUUUAUGCUCUACAAGUUACGAUACCCAAAAAUAAGGGGCCAAAUCCAAGAGCAUUUGCAGAUAUACAGUUCACUAGUAGCCAGAAUGCUGAGUAUAUGUCUUUGUUAGUUAAUAGACCCCAACGCCUGUACUUUGGAAACUCUUAUCUGAAAGUUUUUCCAAGGGAUCGGGAUAUCAUACCGAAGCCUAGGGUUUCAAUGUUCAAUCUCAAGGUUCCAACUCUGCAUUUUGGAUGCCAGGUUUCAAAUGAUUGUUUUUAUACUCUUUUCAAGACAAGGGAUGUUUCAGUGGAUUUUGGGUUUGGAUUCCGCAAAUUGUGCUUUAUCUUGUCUUAUAAGGAACCGCUAAAGAUAAAGCACGUGAAGUAUAAACUUGAACUUUCUUACGAGAGCAUCUGGGAAAUCCAGCUGCGCCGCCCGAAGAACUUAAACUCACAGUUUCUCAUAAUUCAGAUGCUUGCUGCUCCUAAGGUUUAUGUGGAACCUCUCUCCUCCUUAGGAAAUCCAGGCAGGGAUUUACAAUAUUUUAUGCAUACAUUGGAUGAUCAGUGGGUAAGAGCUACUGACUUCACUGAAUCAUGUUCUAUUGGGCAGUCCUCCGCAUUGUGUUUGGAAAUUCCAUAUGGCUGUGAACUUCCGAAUUUCCGUGAAAAUUUCCAUUACUAUACGGAGGAUAAGGGUUGGUUCACAAUGCAGCCCGGUUCUACAGUUUCUCGAAGCUCAGAUCUAGUUCCUGUUGUUGGGCCUCCUGGUGGACAUCAGCUGCGAUAUGAUAUUCUGUUUAAGGUUAAUUCUUUGGUUCAGAAUGGCUGCCUUUCUGGGCAAACGCUUGACGCAAAUUUUUUCCGGAUGGUAGAUCCUUGCUCACACCCUGUCAACCAUAUAAUGUGUGCCCUGGAGAAACUGUUUCACUUGAAAGAUUGUUGUUAUGAACCUGUUAAGUGGCUUACUGAGCAGUACUUGGAGUACAGCUUAUCAGCAAACCCUCCUAGGUCAACUUCAAUUUCCUUGUCCGACGGACUGGUAUAUGUUCGCAGGGUGCAAAUAACACCCUUGAAAGUAUACUUUAUGGGUCCAGAGAUUAAUGUUUCCAACAGAGUUUUACGCCAUUAUCAUGACCAUAUCGAUAAUUUUAUCCGUAUUUCUUUUGUUGAUGAGGACUCAGAAAAAAUCCGCUCAACUGAUUUAUCCACACGUGCAACAGUGAAUGACGAGAAAAAGCAAACCUUGCUUUAUGACAGGAUACUCUCUACUUUGCAUAAUGGCGUAGUUAUUGGUGAUAAGAAGUUUGAAUUUCUUGCCUUCUCAGCAAGUCAGCUACGUGAUAAUUCUGCAUGGAUGUUUGCUUCCAAAGGUCCGCUAACAGCAGCUAGUAUCAGGGACUGGAUGGGUGAUUUUCGCGAGAUUAGAAAUGUGGCGAAAUAUGCAGCAAGACUAGGACAAUCUUUUGGUUCCUCGACUGAAACAUUAAGUGUUUAUAGCAAUGAAAUUGAAAGAAUUCGUGAUGUCGAGAUUGAAAGUAAUGGAACCAUAUACACGUUUUCUGAUGGGAUUGGAAAGAUUUCUUCUGAAUUUGCACAUAAAGUGGCGAAUAAGUGUGGUUUAAAAUGUACACCAUCUGCCUUCCAAAUUAGGUAUGGUGGAUAUAAAGGUGUUGUCGCUGUAGAUCCAAAAGCAGUAAAAAAGUUAUAUUUGAGAAAAAGCAUGUGCAAGUUCACUUCACAGAACACCAAACUAGAUGUUUUGUCAUGGAGCAAGUUUCAGCCGUGUUUCCUCAAUCGUCAAGUAAUCUCCCUUUUGUCUACUCUAGGCGUCAGUGAUUACAUAUUUGAAAAGAAGCAAAAAGAAGCAGUCGAUCAACUGGAUUCAAUUUUAACCGAUCCAUUAAGGGCGUACGAAGCACUUGAGAUCAUGUCCCCAGCAGAAACCACAAAUAUCCUCAAGGAAAUGCUUCUGUGUGGUUACAAGCCUGAUCAAGAGCCAUUCCUUUCGAUGAUGCUUCAAACAUUUCGUGCGGCAAAGCUGUUAGAGUUGCGGACUAGGACAAGGAUAUUUAUUCCAACGGGAAGAUCAAUGAUGGGAUGUCUAGAUGAAACAGCGACCUUGGAGUAUGGACAGGUAUUUGUUCAGGUUUCUCGCCUUGGUCACAAUCAGCUUUGUGGGAAGUCAUUCUCUAUGCUUAAUGCAAAUGGACCAGCAGACACUACUCUUGUGCUUGGGAAGGUAGUCGUUGCUAAAAAUCCAUGCCUCCACCCUGGUGACAUGCGUGUCUUGCGGGCUGUCGAUGUGCCAGCGUUGCACCAUAUGGUGGACUGUGUUGUAUUUCCUCAAAAAGGGAAAAGACCCCAUCCAAAUGAGUGUUCUGGGAGUGAUUUGGAUGGUGACGUAUACUUUGUCUGCUGGGACCAAGAACUUAUUCCACCUCGUCAAGUCCAGCCCAUGGACUAUGAUGCAUCACCUGCUAUGCUCUUAGAUCACGAUGUUCAGAUUGAGGAAGUUGAGGAGUACUUCGCAAAUUACAUGAUAAAUGACAGCUUAGGAGUCAUCGCGAAUACCCACACCGCCUUUGCUGAUAAGGAGCUGCUGAAGGCAGAGAGUGAGGAAUGCAUAGAACUCGCUAAGCUAUUUUCAAUUGCUGUCGACUUCCCUAAGACAGGUGUACCCGCAGAAAUUCCUCCUCAUUUACGCGUCAAAGAAUACCCUGACUUCAUGGAAAAGCUUGAUAGACCGACUUAUGAGUCAAAGCGAGUGAUAGGCAAACUCUUUAGGCAGGUCAAAGAUAUUGCUCCCCACACCAGCCAUAUAAAAUCCUUCACUUUGGAGGUGGCAAAGAAAUUAUAUGAUACAGAUAUGGAAGUUGAUGGGUUCGAGGAUUACUUAGAUGAUGCUUACUUCCACAAAGGAGAAUUUGAUUACAAGUUGGCUAACCUGAUGGACUAUUAUGGGAUCAAAACGGAGGCUGAGAUUCUUGGUGGAAGUGUAAUGAAAUUGUCCAAAUCAUUCAAUAUGAGGAGAGAUGCAGAAUCAAUUAGUUUGGCAGUUAGAGCUUUAAAAAAGGAAGCAAGGACGUGGUUUGAUAAAAAGAGUAGUAUCAACUCUGGAUCCCAGGAAGAUGAUGAUGUCUAUGCAAAAGCUUCAGCGUGGUAUCACGUGACGUAUCAUCCAAAGUACUUCGGAUGCUACCAUCAAGAGAUGAGUCGGGACCAUUUCCUUAGUUUCCCUUGGUGUGUUUAUGACAAGCUGAUUCACAUCAAGAAGAACAAUAGUAUGCGAAGGAAGCACAACUGGUCACUGGAAGACCAAUUCAUGAGCAGUCUAAGAUUAAGCUAAGAGAUCAAGUGGUCCUCUAAUCUUCCCCUCUUUUAAGAUUCUAUGCAGAUUUGGGUAUGUUUUCUUAUCGCACCAGGCCACAAUGGACAUGAAUGUUUAUAGGUAAUUAACAAUAAGUAGGCUUUAAGACUAGAGAACAAGUCUGGGAGUUUUUAAUGUAGUCGCUUGUGCGUCUCCAGUUGUCUCUACACCUCCGAUUCUUUUCUUUCUCCCAGUUUUAUCGCUUAUGUUCUCUACUCAGUUCUCUAUAUAAAAACAGAGUUUUUUCGAG